AUGGCCUCGGCGGUGUUCGAGGGCACCUCGCUGGUGAACAUGUUCGUGCGCGGCUGCUGGGUGAACGGCGUGCGGCGGCUGGUGGUGAGCCGGCGCGGCGCCGAGGAGGAGUUCUUCGAGGUGCGCGCCGAGUGGUCGGACCGCAGCGUCCUCUACCUGCACCGCAGCCGCGCCGACCUGGGCCGCCUCUGCAAGCGCCUCCUCGACUCCUUCCCCGAGGACCGGCCCGAGCUGUCGCGGUCGCCGCUGCUCCAAGGAUUGAUUACAAUCAAAGAGUCUCAAGACAUAGAAGCCAGGCUUAAUGAAGUAGAGAAGCUUCUCAAGAACAUCAUAAAUAUGCCCUGGAAGUACUCCAGAUCUGAAGUUGUCCUCACUUUCUUCGAAAGAUCUCCUCUAGACCAGGUGCUAAAAAAUGACAACAUCCAUAAAAUUCAACCAACUUUUCAAAGCCCAGUUAAAAUAUCAGAAAUCAUGCGCUCCAAUGGGUUUUGUUUAGCCAAUACUGAAACAAUAGUUAUUGAUCACAGUAUACCAAAUGGAAAAGACAAAAACUUGGAUGUAGAUUCAGCAGAACACUUGUUUGAGAACGUUAGUGACUUCACAUCAGAACUAGAGGACAGUGAUGACCCAGCAGCAUAUGUCACCAACUUGUCAUAUUACCACCUUGUUCCAUUUGAGACAGAUAUUUUGGACUAAGUCUGUCAAGUGAACUUCAUGGCUGAUGACUUAUUCACGACAUCCACCACCACAUAGCUUUGCAUUAGUCACACAUGCCAAAGCUGUGUGAUGAACAGCAGAGAAGGGCUAGCUGAAAUACUUGUCUUGAAGCUGUAGCUGCUUGGUUCUUCACUGUGGCUCCUGGAGGCACCUUGAAAAGAUAAAACUCUUUCCUGAACAGCUGAGAGACCAUUCAUACUGCCAAAGGAAUGAAGCAAGUGCACCAGUGGCUAAAUAAUCUCAAGAAAAGACAUGAGACUUCAAAGCUA